GAGCCUCCCAGGAGCUCCACACAGCCCAGCCAGGCAGCAAGGGACACAGCAGGUGACCCCUGUCAGCACCAGCAUGUCUUACAGUGUGACCCUGACUGGGCCUGGGCCCUGGGGCUUCCGCUUGCAAGGGGGCAAGGAUUUCAAUAUGCCCCUUACUAUCUCCCGGAUCACUCCAGGAAGCAAGGCAGCCCAGUCCCAGCUCAGCCAAGGAGACCUUGUGGUGGCCAUUGAUGGCGUCAACACAGACACUAUGACCCACCUGGAGGCCCAGAACAAGAUCAAGUCUGCCAGCUACAACUUGAGCCUCACUCUGCAAAAGUCAAAGCGUCCUAUCACCAUCUCCACAGCAGCACCUCCUAUCCAGUCCCCUCUGCCAGUCAUCCCCCACCAGAAGGUGGUAGCCAACUCUCCUGCCAAUGCUGACUACCAAGAACGUUUCAACCCCGGCGCCUUGAAGGACUCAGCCCUGUCCACCCACAAGCCCAUUGAGGUGAAGGGACUGGGGGGCAAGGCCACCAUCAUCCAUGCGCAGUACAACACACCCAUCAGCAUGUACUCCCAGGAUGCCAUCAUGGACGCCAUUGCCGGGCAGGCCCAGGCUCAAGGCAGCGACUUCAGUGGGGCAUCGCCGCUGGCGAGUCUUCCUGUGAAGGACCUGGCAGUGGACAGCGCCUCCCCAGUAUACCAGGCUGUGAUCAAGAACCAGAGCAAGCCGGAAGACGAGGCUGAUGAGUGGGCUCGCCGGUCCUCGAACCUGCAGUCUCGCUCCUUCCGUAUCCUGGCCCAGAUGACUGGGACAGAAUUCAUGCAAGACCCAGAUGAAGAAGCUCUGCGCAGGUCAAGCACCCCCAUUGAGCAUGCUCCAGUGUGCACCAGCCAGGCCGCCACCCCACUGCUGCCCGCUUCUGCCCAGCUGCCUGCUGCUGCCUCUCCCAGCGCAGCCUCGCCACCCCUGGCUGCAGGCGCUGCCCAUGCUGCCACCACCUCUGCUACAGCCCCUGCCUCAAGCCCUGUGGACAGUCCAAGGCCGGGCUCUGCCUACAGCCCGUCAGCGGCUGCCUCUCCAGCACCAGCUUCUCAAACCAGCUACAGCGAAGGUCCAGCUGCCCCUGCACCCAAGCCCCGGGUUGUCACCACUGCGAGCAUCCGGCCUUCUGUCUACCAGCCAGUGCCUGCAUCUACCUAUAGCCCCGCCCCAGGGGCCAAUUACAGUCCAACUUCCUACACCCCCUCCCCUGCCCCUGCUUACACCCCCUCUCCUGCUCCUGCCUAUACCCCCUCUCCUGGACCCACCUACACCCCCUCACCUGCUCCUACCUAUUCUCCUUCCCCCACACCAGCCUAUACCCCCUCACCUGCCCCAAACUAUAACCCCACACCCUCAGCGGCCUACACUGGGGGUCCUGCAGAGUCUGCCAGCCGUCCCCCCUGGGUGACUGAUGACAGCUUCUCUCAGAAGUUUGCCCCUGGCAAGAGCACCACCUCUGUCAGCAAGCAGACCCUGCCCCGGGGGGCUCCAGCUUACACCCUGGCAGGCCCCCAGGUGACCCCUCUUGCCAGGGGGACUGUCCAGAGAGCAGAGCGAUUCCCAGCCAGCAGCCGGACUCCACUCUGUGGCCACUGCAACAACGUCAUCAGGGGCCCUUUUCUGGUAGCCAUGGGCCGUUCCUGGCACCCGGAAGAGUUCAACUGUGCCUACUGCAAGACUUCCCUGGCAGAUGUGUGCUUUGUGGAAGAGCAGAACAAUGUUUAUUGUGAACGGUGUUAUGAGCAGUUCUUCGCCCCACUCUGUGCCAAGUGCAACACCAAAAUCAUGGGGGAAGUGAUGCAUGCCCUGAGACAGACAUGGCAUACCACCUGCUUCGUCUGUGCAGCCUGCAAGAAGCCUUUCGGGAACAGCCUUUUCCAUAUGGAAGAUGGAGAGCCCUACUGUGAGAAAGACUACGUCAAUUUGUUCAGCACCAAGUGCCAUGGUUGUGACUUCCCGGUGGAGGCUGGUGACAAAUUUAUUGAAGCUCUGGGGCAUACCUGGCAUGACACCUGCUUCAUUUGUGCGGUCUGCCAUGUGAAUCUGGAGGGUCAACCAUUCUACUCUAAGAAGGACAAACCCCUGUGCAAGAAGCAUGCACAUGCCAUCAAUGUGUAGAAGCCCAGAGCCUCUGGUGUGGGCAAAGCCCCAGCUGCUCUUGCUACUGGCAACAAAAGAUUCAAGGAGGCUGUUUCUUUGGGUGGGAGGGAGAAGAGAGGAAGUGAUUGAGCUCUUUUGAAGUAUAAUUUUAGUCUUUUCUUGUGUACACAGAUCAUGUAUUUGCAUAGUUCAGACUAAAAGCCAAAUGAAGAUUUUAAACCAAGCUAGUAAUUAAUCCAAGCCUGGAAUUGCACUUCAAACGUUUAGGACAGGAUUUCAGGAACUCAAAAGUGAAAAAUAAAAAGUAACUUUCCCCAAGUGAUAGACCUUCCCUGCCACCUCUGGAAUAGGGACAGAGCUCAGAGUACUUACAGAGAACCCCAAGUAUUUGAUAGAGCUCCGUAGAGCUCUUCCAGCAAACAAAAUUGAGUGCCAAACAGUACUUGCUGUAGGAUAUUUUUAGAGCCGUAACUGAGAGUUGCUAGCUAAGACCAAUUGGGCUUUCCUCACCAAAAAAGGAAGUGUUAUUAUUCUAUUACAAGUGUCAUGGAGCUACCUCUGCGCAUCAGACCUUGAAUAAACUUAAAAUGCCUAAAGGGAGCCCAGAUGUCUGAAAAGAUGUCUUCUGGGAGCCACUGGUGGAACUGGCAAGGCUCUGAGAAGGGCUCUGCCUUGCACUGCUGAGACAAGAGAGGCUCUUCAAACCAUCCCUCUUGCAGUUCUGAAACAUCCAAAAGGCUUAGCUCCUUUGUAAAUAGGGAAAGGAAAACAGAAUUGGAUUUUUCCAGUUUUUCUUUGCAAGUACAUGAGGGGAGAUAUAAAAACAUUCUGGCUUAUAUUUGGUCUUUGUUUUAAGAGGCUCCUGAGCAUUAGUGUCCUAUGCAUGUAUUUUACUCUCUACCUACGACUAACUGCUCAUGUAUGACCUCUUUCUCAGCAUAUUGCUCACCCCCCCAUGGAAAGAAGAGAAAAGACAGUGUCUGACAAGGGUUGGAGGAAUAGCUGGCAUGCCCAAACUGGGGGUGGGGAAAAGGACCCUUCCCUUCUGCCAACCUCUGUAAGAACAGGGCCUCAUUAUCCUCUGGUUGUUGUUGUUCUUUUUGUGCUGGUACUGGGACCUGGGCGAUGUCCCUGACAAGGCUAGCACUCUACAUUUCUCAGCCACAGCUCCAUUCCCUGCCUUCUGAUGUUUAAUUGG